AAGCAGGCAGUGGGGGAAGCCGAGGGGUAGGACUAGAGCUCUGAGCUCUGCACAGGAGAGGAGGCAGGACAGGGGACCCUGCCUGCGACCAGCUGCGGAGCGCAGCCACCCCUCCAUCCUUCUUCCCAUUCCCCACUUGUGUGUGGGAUUUGGGGGAUUUCUAGGACAGGUUCCCCCACUGCCUGGCCAGUCAGUUUCCUUUCCGGGCAGAGCAGAACACUCUGAAGCGGAGGCCCUUGCCCGCCCACUUCACAUCUAGGCCAUAGCUCCCUUGACUUGCUCAAGGGGGGCUUCAGUUGGUGGAGAUGCCGGCAGCCCGUCGGUUCCCUGGCCUCGAGCUCUCCUUUCCUCUCCUGGCCAGGCUUCGGCGACGUCUGUACACAAGGCUGGGGAGCAGCAGCAUGCAGCCGGAGGAGGGGACAGGCUGGCUGUUGGAGCUGCUGUCCGAGGUGCAGCUACAGCAGUAUUUCCUGAGGCUCCGUGAUGACCUCAACAUCACCCGCCUGUCCCACUUUGAGUAUGUCAAGAACGAAGAUCUGGAAAAGAUUGGCAUGGGCCGGCCUGGUCAGAGGCGUCUGUGGGAGGCCGUGAAGAGGAGGAAGGCCGUGUGCAAACGCAAGUCGUGGAUGAGCAAGGUGUUCAGUGGAAAGCGUCUGGAGGCCGAGUUCCCGCCCCAUCAGUCUCAGAGCACCUUCCGGAAGCCCUCGCCCACACCGGGGGGCCUGGCGGGGGAGGGGACCCUACAGAGCCUCACCUGCCUCAUCAGUGAGAAGGACCUGCGCCUCCUGGAGAAGCUGGGGGACGGCUCCUUUGGCGUGGUGCGCAGGGGCGAAUGGGAUGCCCCUGCGGGGAGGACGGUGAGCGUGGCGGUAAAGUGCCUCAAGCCCGAUGUGCUGAGCCAGCCAGAGGCCAUGGACGACUUCAUCCGGGAGGUCAAUGCCAUGCAUACACUUGACCACCGGAACCUCAUUCGCCUGUACGGUGUGGUGCUCACACCGCCCAUGAAGAUGGUGACAGAACUCGCACCUCUGGGAUCUCUGUUGGACCGACUACGGAAACACCAAGGUCAUUUCCUCUUGGGGACUCUGAGCCGCUACGCCGUGCAGGUGGCCGAGGGCAUGGGCUACCUGGAGUCGAAGCGCUUCAUUCACCGGGACCUCGCUGCUCGGAAUCUGCUGUUGGCUACCCGUGACCUGGUCAAGAUCGGGGACUUCGGACUAAUGCGGGCUCUGCCCCAGAACGAUGACCACUACGUCAUGCAAGAACAUCGCAAGGUGCCCUUUGCCUGGUGUGCCCCUGAGAGCCUGAAGACACGGACCUUCUCUCAUGCCAGUGACACCUGGAUGUUUGGGGUCACACUGUGGGAGAUGUUCACGUACGGCCAGGAGCCCUGGAUUGGCCUCAAUGGCAGCCAGAUCCUGCAUAAGAUUGACAAGGAAGGGGAACGCCUGCCCCGGCCUGAGGACUGCCCCCAGGACAUCUACAACGUCAUGGUCCAGUGCUGGGCCCACAAGCCAGAGGACAGACCCACGUUUGUGGCCCUUCGGGACUUCCUGCUGGAGGCUCAGCCUACUGACAUGCGGGCCCUUCAGGACUUUGAGGAGCCGGACAAGCUGCACAUCCAGAUGAAUGACGUCAUCACCGUCAUCGAGGGACGGGCUGAGAACUACUGGUGGCGUGGUCAGAACACCCGGACGCUGUGUGUGGGACCCUUCCCUCGAAAUGUGGUGACCUCCGUGGCCGGCCUGUCGGCCCAGGACAUCAGCCAGCCUCUACAGAACAGCUUUAUCCACACGGGGCACGGCGACAGUGAUCCCCGCCACUGCUGGGGAUUCCCUGACAAGAUUGAUGAACUGUAUCUGGGAAACCCCAUGGACCCUCCUGACCUGCUGAGUGUGGAGCUGAGCACCUCCCAACCCGCCCAGCAUCUGGGAAGGGUGAAAAGGGAGCCUCCACCUCGCCCACCUCAGCCCGCCAUCUUCACUCAGAAGCCGACAUACGACCCUGUGAGUGAGGACCAAGACCCCCUGUCCAGCGACUUCAAGAGGCUGGGCCUGAGGAAGCCCGCCCUGCCCCGGGGGCUGUGGCUGGCGAAGCCCUCGGCCCGCGUGCCGGGCACCAAGGCGGCCCGCGGCGGUGGCGGCGGCGGCGGCGGCGAGGUCACGCUCAUCGACUUCGGGGAGGAGCCCGGCCCAGCCCCGCGGCCCUGUGCGCCCUCCCUGGCACAGUUGGCCAUGGAUGCCUGCUCCCUGCUGGACAAGACGCCCCCCCAGAGCCCGACGCGGGCACUGCCCCGGCCCUUACACCCCACGCCCGUGGUAGACUGGGACGCUCGCCCGCUGCCCCCGCCCCCUGCCUACGACGAGGUGGCCCAAGAUGAGGAUGACUUUGAGGUCUGCUCCAUCAACAGCACGCUCGUGGGCGCAGGGCUCCCUGCCGGGCCGAGCCAGGGCGAGACCAACUACGCCUUUGUGCCCGAGCAGGCGCAGGCGCAGGCGCAGCCGCCCCCUGCCCUGGAGGACAACCUGUUCCUUCCCCCGCAGUGUGGCGUCGCCAAGCCACCCAGCCUGGCCCAGACGGCGGAGAUUUUCCAGGCGCUGCAGCAGGAGUGUAUGCGGCAGCUCCAGGUCCCCGCUGGCCCGCUGACCCCUUCCCCCACCCCCGGAGGCGAUGACAAGCCCCAGGUGCCACCCCGGGUGCCUAUCCCCCCUCGGCCCACACGCCCACGCGUGGAGCUCUCUCCGGCUCCCCCGGGUGAGGAAGAGGCGAGCCGGUGGCCUGGACCUGCCUCCCCUCCCCGAGUGCCUCCCCGGGAACCCCUGUCCCCUCAAGGUUCAAGGACCCCGAGCCCCCUGGUGCCUCCUGGCAGCUCGCCAUUACCGCACCGGCUCUCCAGCUCGCCUGGAAAGCCCAUGCCCACCACCCAGAGCUUCGCCUCCGACCCUAAGUAUGCCACGCCCCAAGUGAUCCAGGCCCCUGGCCCGCGGGCCGGCCCCUGCAUCCUGCCCAUUGUCCGCGAUGGCAGGAAGGUCAGCAGCACCCACUACUACCUGCUGCCCGAGCGCCCUGCCUACCUGGAGCGCUACCAGCGCUUCCUUCGGGAGGCCCAGAGCCCCGAAGAGCCUGGGCCCCCCAUCCUGCUGCCCCCACCCAGUACCCCCGCCCCCGCCGCCCCCACUGCCACGGUCCGACCCAUGCCUCAGGCUGCCCCAGACCCAAAGGCCAACUUCUCCACCAAUAACAGCAACCCGGGGGCUCGGCCCCCGGCCCCGAGGGCCACCGCCCGGCUGCCGCAGAGGGGCUGCCCAGGGGAUGGGCAAGAGGCUGCCCGGCCUGCAGACAAGAUCCAGAUGCUGCAGGCCAUGGUGCAUGGGGUGACCACAGAGGAGUGCCAGGCGGCCCUGCAGAGCCACAGCUGGAGCGUGCAGAGGGCUGCCCAGUAUCUGAAGGUGGAACAGCUCUUUGGGCUGGGUCUCCGGCCGCGGGUGGAGUGCCACAAAGUGCUGGAGAUGUUUGACUGGAAUCUGGAGCAGGCUGGCUGCCACCUUCUGGGUUCCUGUGGCCCUGCCCACCACAAGUGAACGCUGACAGUCGUCCGGAGAGCGGCGGUCUGCCCUAAAGGAACCACUUGAACCUGUCUGUGGGACAAGGGUGGGGAGAUGCCCUGUCUCCGGCCUGGAGGACCCACCUCUGCGGGCUGCUCCCAGUGGACACCGUGAGACCCAGGCAGCCGGGGGCCGGGAGCCCCACCUCGCCCACCUCACUCACCCACCCAGCGCUGUUCUGCACACCUUGGUUCAGCCCUCCGGGCCCCAGCCAAGAGGUGGGAAGGAGCCUUGUGAAGGCAAGACGGGCCGCCGCCUGGCAGGCCCCGCGUGUGACCUGCCUCUGGCUCCAGAUCAAGGCUGGGCUGGUGGUUCGAGUGUGCCCCAGGCUCUGCCCUGGGGGAACUAGACGGAGGAAGCACGGCUUGACUUGGGCAAGAAGGAUGUGUUGGCCACGCAGAAGGGUAGGCCGGCAUCCAGCAGGCCCUCCCAAGGGCUGGGCCCUUUUCCAGGGCGCCCCUGUAGGCAUUUGGAGUACUGGACAGAAUGUGACCUGUGGCUUCACUGUGAACUUGUGGGCUUGGCUGCUCUUAGGAUCUUGUACCCGGAAACAGCCUCAAAGUGGCUCGGAAGCAGAGAAAGGGCCCCGCAAGGCCCCGGGAUCGGAAGGAGACCCCAGGGGCACCAGUAUUUUCCUGUUUGACCCCUGCUCUUCCUGUUGCUGUUCGAUGUGUUCCCAUCAGCCUCUGUUGCCAAAGUUGUUGCCCCCAGCUACGGAUACCUGCUUCUUCCAGAGAAAUAAAUUCCGUUUCUAUUUUAUGUUA